UUGUUUCUGUGUUUCGUUUCUUGGAGUUUUGGGUUCUAGUGUUCCACUUCUUUGAGUUUCUGCUGUUUUCUCGUGAUCUUUCCGGAGAGUUGCAGGUUGUAGGGUUUUGUUGGUUUCAGUUCCAGGUCACUUAAACUGUAUUACUGGAUUUCACGAGUCUUUGAUUAGGGUUUCUCUGGAGUUGCAGGUUCUAGGGUUUCUUUGGAGACUUGAAAGUUCGAGGGUCUUGGUUUUCUUGAAUCCCAUGUUCUUGGGCCGUGGUGGAAAAUUUUUGGGUGUCCUCCCUGGUUAUUGCAGGUUCUUGGGUUUCAUCUCUGCAGGUUUGGGGUUGUAGGGUUUCUUUCUUAUUAAUUGCCUGUUACUUCGCUAUGUCUCUGGCUUUCGAAAGCAGUCGAGUUGAUGAAUCACGGUUAAUGAGGCCAUGCAUGAGUGUGUUUUCCCCAAAGGGUUCGAACCCACCAGAUCAUUGCCGGAAAAUGACCGGAAUCCGACAAGAUUUGCCUCAGUUUGGCCCAAAAGAUGAGGAAUCCUCCUCUUGUAGCUCUUCUAUUGGCCGGUAUAGUAGCUCUAACGGUGCUUCGUGCUCUGAUGGAGAGUACUCAGGCGAAGCAGAGGUUCAGAGCCCGUAUAAAGGGCCACUUGAUACCAUGGAUUCUUUGCAGGAUUCAUUACCCAUAAGGAAGGGCAUAUCAAAUUUUUAUUCUGGCAAAUCAAAGUCAUUCACGAGCCUUUCUGAUGUCGUGUCCUCAAAAGAACUAGCCAAGCCAGAGAGUCCAUACAAUAGGAAGCGCAAGAAUCUUUUGGCACACAAUAUUAUUGGUGAUAAGAGCCGCUCUUAUUCCACAAGAAACACAGGUGGCGGGAUAUCUAAGAGACCUACAAAUUUUAACCGAACCACUUUGGCUCUGGCAGUGGCGAUGAGCAGUUCAGACAGCAACAGCAGUGAUGAUCACGAGCCCAAGCUACCUCCAUUGCACCCAAGGCUUAAAUCCCACAGCAAUUUCUCACCACCAGAGUGGUCUUUUCCUUCAAGGUCUUUCUCCUUGACCGAUUUACAAGGCGCCAAUUCACCGGUGAGCCCUGAAGAGCGAUAUAAGAAGUUUCACUAGCUGACCCCAACCUACCCUUUCUAUGCUAGCGAUCUUCAUAUGAAGUUCUUACUCUGGUGAGGAGCUGUAAAGAUUUUCUGUGCCUUUCUAUAUACCUACUAUUGAUUUCGAAUUGGGUAGCUAGGACCUGCCAGGUACUGGAUGGUUCGAGCUCUUGUUGUAGUAAUUAUUGGCCAGCCCUUGUUUCUUUUUGUAUCUUUCUUUUUGUAUCCCAUGCUCCUUGUUUCAGCAUUUGGGGAACUUAUAUCUAUUACAGCAAUACAAUCCCUUCUCUUUUUUCCAUGUC